AUGGACAGGCCACCGGAGCGCCCCGCCCAUGCGAACGAAAAUCUAACAGUAUCCGAAAUUGGCGUUUGCGUUGGCAGCAUUGUUCUAGUCACCAUUACCAUCAUUCUGCGAUAUACAGGCCGAUGGAUACUCCAACAGCGUAUGAACGCCGGCAAGGGAAGACGGGGCGAGCGAAUCUGGGGCCUCGACGACCUGUUCAAUGUCUUGGCCUUCCUAUCUUUCUACGGCCUUGUUGGUGCCGUCUUGGUCGCCAUCCAUCGAGGCAUGGGCGUACACGUCGACGUUAUCGUGUAUGACCGAGGCCUAGCAGGCGUGACUGCAUACAGACAGGCCAUCUAUGUCUCUGCCCUAUUCUACAACUUCACCCUCGGCAUGAUCAAGCUGAGCGUGCUGUCGCUCUAUCACCGGAUCCUCCGAGGUGUGCAGUCAACAGCACUUCGAACAGUUGUCUGGAUAGUUUUUGGCAUUGUAGCCGCGAACACGUUUGCUAACGUCCUCGUCGCGAUGUUCCAAUGCCACCCUAUCAAAGCUGCUUGGGACAGCUCGCUUAAGCCAGAGGACUUCCGAUGUGUUGAUAUUAACGCGUUCUAUCUUGGCAACGCAAUCACAGGCGUCUCCACGGAUGCGAUCGUGUAUUUCCUGUCGAUACCAAUAGUUCUGCCCCUGCACUUGGACAAAAAGACGAAGCUGCAGCUUCUCGCAACCAUGCUUGUCGGUGGAUUUGCGGUUGUGACUUCAGCUGUCCGCCUCGGAUUUAUCCCAGCUCUCUUGAAAGACACCGAUAUCUCCUACGCCAUGGGCAUUCCGAUGAACUGGUCUGUCGCUGAGCCAGCGAUCGGAAUCCUUGUUUCGAGCAUGCCUGCUAUACGGGCCAUCCGCUAUGUCUGGCGCAAGCCCGGCGAGGACUCAUACGGCUCGGGAAGCGGCGAGGCACAAUCCACGCUUCGCAGCCGCGACGGCCAGAUCCAAUUGUCGGAGGUCAGGACGGGAACUGACGCUGAAAGCGCCAAGACGAACGAGAGUGAAGAGGGCCUGGUGGUCGACAGGCAGUCGGGUAGUCCAGGGCAGGGCAAAAUCAGCAGGACAACGGAAUUUGAGGUUUCAUAUUCGACGGCGGAGUAAGGUCUUAUAUUAUGUCUCAUGACUUGGUUAGACAGGAUCAUGGCGCUUGAUAGACGGAUGUGUAUCAGUUAGCUAGCAUCAUUGGGUUCAAGCUUUCGUCCUCGAGUUCCGUGACUUAUAGGCGGAACUUCUCUGGCAUUGAGACAAAGCACCCGCUAUGAUGAAUCGAGGUCUCCGAUGAAGUGUAGG